CUACAUCAGUGCCGCCUUCAUUCAUUUGCUACAAAAAUGGUAAGCGAUGGUAGCGCGGACUAGUGGCACAGAAUAGAUUGUGGUCCCGCCAGAAAAGAAGGGUUCCUUCUACUGGCUUUCCAAACACAAUCACCAGCCAGCCAUUGUCCUUUCAGUAAUUCGUAAGUGCGAGUAGUUCAACUUUUCAUUAUUUGUUAUUUUGUAUUUUUUACAUUUAAUUGGAAACACAUUUCAAAUAAUAUUGAUAUAUUGUCAUUUAAAGACCUUACCUCCCCAAUCUUUCUCAACCUUAAAAAUCUAAUUGAAUAUAAUAUUUUAGGUUAUGUUCAUACACUAGACAAAUUGAAAUCUUGUAGUAUUGAGGCAGUCCCCCCAUUCAUGUUUCAUUUAUUUCACAUAAUUAUAAGUUAGGCUACUUUUACUUACAGAAAUUUGCAGUCAGCGAAAUGUGCUGAGUGCUGUGUUUGGUGUUCAGGGAAAAAUUAAAUAUUUUGUUACUAAUUAUUACUAAUAUUAAUUUUUCUAAUAUGCAAGUGAUUCAAAGUAUUCUGAGUUCCAGAACGUUACUAUAGUCUAACAUUUAUUUUCUAAGUAAUAAGUAGCUUUCCAAAACAUUCAACUUAACCUCGACGCUGCUAAUUGCAAACAGAAAUGUCUCAGAGCCCCGAUGACUCAGAGAGUCCAAGCCUUUUGAACAGCUUGAAAAGAUAUCGAGCUAUAUUCUUGAAAGAGUCAACAGAUUCUCCAAGCGAAAAAGUGAAAGACAAUAAAGAAGUAAUUUCGGAGAGUAGUGAUAGUGAACACGAUGAAAGUGUGGUGGCGGUGAGAAAGAAGAAAACAAACAUGGCGAAUGGUCAUCAUGCGCUGAGCACUUCAGAGAGUGACGAUGAAUAUAUUCCAACUGGACCGAAGAAGAGGCGACUGCAAGACGAAGAGCAAACACAAAACGAACCUAAAAAGUCGAAAUUCAACCAUUCAAACGGAAGCAUAACUAGGUCUAAAACACAGUCGAAUUUGUUGAGGUUUUUGAGGAAAUCAAAUGAUAAUGAAGUUGGCAAUAACGAGGAGGACGAUCAGGGUAAUACCAGUUCAAAGGCGCAACUACUGAACACAAUUAGAGCUAACUUCAAUAAAGCUAUAGAUGCCGGCAGUAAAGACCAAAACAAACACACCAUCUCACCUCGAAGAUUUUAUCCGGAGAAAAGCUCACUAGCUGCUACUCCAAAACCACUCAUGAAGAAAAUGGAACUACCAGCAUCUAUUCAGAAAGUUUCAAAGAAGAAACAGAAGAAGAAGAAGAUUCAAUCCGACGAUGAUGACGAUGGGGAUGAAGAUGCAAUGAUAAACGAGCGUGUCUAUAACAGUGAUUCUGAUUCUGAUCAAGAAUCAGCUGCUGUUACUGGCGUGAAGGCAGAAGUAUUGGAUUUUCUCAACACUGCCACUGAAGAGGAAAUCAGUGAGAUAAAAUAUCGUCUAAGCAAAGUGAAAGCUUUAUUUGCGUUAAGGCCGUUCAAUGAUUGGCAGCACUUGGUUGAAAUAUGUGAGUCGAAUAAGGAUAUUGGAACAGGUAUACUGAAUGCCACUCAAGAAUUGAUCAGUGCUCGGAAUGUUCUUUCAAACUUGAUGAGCAGAUGCGAAGUCAUUUCGGAAAGAACAAAGAGAGCUGUUGAAAUGGUAGCGACUAAUAUUAAAACGCAGCCUUCCAUUUUGAACCCCGAAAUGCAGUUGAAAAGCUAUCAAAUGGUGGGCUUGAAUUGGUUAGCUGUAAUGCACAACCGAAGACUGAAUGGAAUUCUAGCCGAUGAAAUGGGGUUGGGAAAGACUAUUCAGGUGAUAGCAUUUCUGGCCUACUUAAAGGAACAAAAUCUGACUAGACCAAAUACGCCUCAUCUCAUUGUUGUGCCGUCCUCAACCUUGGAUAAUUGGAUCAACGAGUUUGGAAAAUGGUGUCCGGAUAUGAUAGUAUGCCAGUAUUAUGGCAGUGUGGAUGAGCGAAGGAGCAUUCGCUUGCAAUGGCUGAAGCACGGAGUCGAAGGCAUUGAUGUCAUUCUUGCCACGUAUGCGAUAGUCGCUGGAUCCUUCGACGAUCGCAAGCUUUUCCGAUUGCUCAAGUUGCAUUAUGUUAUUUUCGAUGAAGGCCAUCUACUGAAAAAUAUGAACUCCCAACGGUUUGAUGUGCUGUUUAGGAUAAAUGCAGAAAGCAAACUACUGCUGACCGGAACACCCAUACAAAACAGCCUUCUAGAAUUGAUGUCACUCCUAGUGUUUGUAAUGCCCAAAAUGUUCGGAAAAAAAUUGAGCUGUAUCAAGUUUAUUUUCGAUAAAAGAGAUAAAGCUAUAGUGGAUAAGUUGAAGUUCGACAAGGAGAACAUAGCAAAGGCGAAGAAAGUGAUGAUGCCGUUCAUUCUGCGUCGACUGAAAGCGGACGUACUGCAAGACCUGCCGACCAAGACGUCGUGCGUGAUCGAGUGUGCCAUGCUCGAGUCACAGGAGAAACAGUACAAGGAGUUCCUACUCGACGCCAAAGAGAACGCCGCCAAAGAGGAGUCCUUCUGCAACAUGAGUGUCAUGAUGCAACUGCGCCGACUCGCCAAUCACCCGCUCUGCAUGCGCUACAUCAUUUCUGACGACGAAAUUGAACAAAUAGCAAAGCUGUUAGCAAGGAAUCCUGACUACAAAGACAAAAAUUUGGAAAAGAUAACCGAUGAUUUGCUGUGGAUGUCCGAUCAUGAAGUACAUCAACUUGUCAAAAAAUACCACUGUCCAAAAAAGUACCUGCUGCCAGACUCACUUUUCCCCCAGAGUGGCAAGUUCGCCAAAUUGGACCAACUUUUACCCGACUUGAAGGCAAACAAUCAUCGCGUAUUGAUUUUCAGCCAAUUCUGCUUCAUGCUAGACCUCUACGAAAAGUAUCUGGAGUUGAGGCAGCAUUCAUACCUCAGGAUUGACGGAGCUACAGCAGUAAUGGACCGGCAGCAACUGAUUGAUGAAUUCAAUGACGAUCCUAGCAUAUUUGUUUUCCUAUUAACGACCAAGUCUGGAGGAAUGGGAAUCAAUUUAACCUCUGCUGAUACGGUUAUUAUCAACGAUGUUGACUUCAACCCUUAUAAUGACAAGCAAGCAGAAGAUCGUGUACAUAGAAUGGGACAAAAAAGAGAAGUAAAAAUUAUCAGAUUGAUCAGCAAAGGAACAAUUGAAGAAAUCAUCUACAAAGUAGCUCAGGAAAAGUCUAUACUUGGAAAAGAUUUGACGAAUGAUGAAGAAUAUGAUGGUGAAGACAAAAAAACUAUCCUAAAUAUACUUCGAAGUGCUUUGGACGUUUGAAUGAAAUUCGGACUUUGGAAUUUCUUGUGAAUGGACUCUCAGUAAAUAUCUGUGAUACAAUCAAUAUUAUUCUCACAAUAAUACGUUUAUCUUGGUUCAUUUUUACAAGUUUAAAUACCGUAUAUUUUUCAACAAUUAAAAUCUAAGUUGACAGCUUUAUAAUAAUGAUACUUUUGCAUUUCUAAGAAGUGUCUCUUUUUAUAGGUAAUCGCGAAUUAUUCAAAAAAUUAAGGUUAAACCUGAAUACAUCAAUUUUAUUCUCACCCUCAUGCGACUUUUUAUGGUAGACUUAUAAAAUUCUCGUUAUUACGAAAUUUAGCAUUUUAGUCUAACCGAACUCUUGUUAAUGCCGUCGAUCGUAUUUCAAUUUUGUGUAGCUUAUAUUAUAGUAUUGAAACUCGAUUCUUUACUAUGUUCCACAAUAGAAGGUUUUUCUCUGGCCAGGCAUUUUUUAUUUUUUUUUUUGAAACUUGAAUACUGACUAUUUGGAAUUAACAGUCUACAUCUGUAGCAGUUAGUUCCUAAAACCGUUUUGGAAUGUUGAACAAGAUACUUAUCAAAAUAGUUUGAACAUAAGAACACACAAUAAAUCUGUGUCUUAAUUUAUAACUUAAGUCAUCUCUUAUAAAUUAUGAUAACUUGUAAAUAUUUUCAUUGAUUUUCUUAGCUUAUUUGAAGGCCAUCAUGAUAUUUGAUAUCAAAUUAUUUUGUUAUUGUAUCAUUGAAUGGAGUAACGAAAAAGAAACAAAAAAUCAUCAUGAUUGGAUAUAAAAAUAUUUUUCCAUUGAGACAGUUUAAAAUAAUACUUAGUUCCAAAGCUUAUAAAUAACGUCAACUUCACUUUUUAACCAUUCCUUCAAUAGUAGCAAAUUUAUCAAAUAAUACUUUUUGAACAUAAUUUUUGUACCGUAAUGCACAAUAUUUAUAUUUGUUUUAUAUUAAUUCGAUUAUUCUAAUGAUGUGUAUGUUUUUAUUGAAAAAUGUAUGUUUUGGAGAUUAUACAUGAAUAAAAAUAUAA